GCCUGUCUCCCGUCAGAGCGGCCACACUGGCCCUGCUUUCCCCCGUGAGGGGCUCGGGCUGCCAGGCGCACGUCCCCCAGAGCCUGCUGCAGCAGGAAUGAGAGGCCUGGUCGGUCCUGUUCGCCUGGCAGGCCCCAGCCACCAGCACGCUGCAGCCAGGUGGUCGGGUCUGGCUGAGAGCUCACGCCCAAGCUGCUCUUUCUAGGUGACAAAUCUCAGGAGCUGGCCCAGACUGAGGUGUCAGGAGAGGAGGUUUGGGAACAAAUUGAUAAAUUAAAUAGUAAUAAGUCACCAGGAUCAGAUGGUUUGACCCAAGCGUCCUGCAGCAAUUCACAUAUGAAAUUGCAGAACUAACUGUGGUGUGUAACCUCUGGCUUAAAGCAGCCUUGGGCCCAGCUGCCUGGUGGGUAGCUACGGUGAUGCUGAUUUUGAAGGAGCCUGGCAAUUCCAGGCCGGUUAGCUUAACUUCAGCCCCAGGCAAAUGGAGUGACGUGAUGGUGAAGAGGAAAAUGGUCAGACACACAGAGAUGAGCCUGAUUUGUGGCGGGAAGUCAGCAGGGCUUUUGGAAGGGGGAAGCGUGCUGCCUCCCCGUCUGCUGGAAUUCUCUGGGGAGCUCAACAAACACGCGGACAAUGGUGAUCUGGGGGAUAUAGCGUACCUGGACUUUCCGAAAGCCUUUGACAAGGUCCCUCAACAAAGGCUCUGAAGCAAAUGCCUCUGAGUGUGGGGAGCGACCGCCCACAGCCAUGAUGAACGAGCAAAUGCAGGAGAUGGAGGAGGUGAGCAAGGAGCUGCUGAAGCUGCUGGCAGCAGGUGGGGCCGGGAACUUGCUGAAGAGAAGCCUGGACAAACAGGAGAAGAUGUUUGACAAGCUCCUGGAUACGCAGCUGACGGCAGCGCAGCUGGUUAAAGAUCUCCUAGCCACGGAGGAGAAGGUGGCUCAGAAGCUCCUGGCAGGGGAAGAGGAGCUGCAGAGCAGCCUGCAGAAGGUGCAGGCGAUGGAAGAGGAACUGCGGAGAGCCAGGGAGGACGAGGCCAGCCUGAGGGCUGACAGCAGUGCCUUGCGGAGAGAGCUGGAGGAGCUGAGGGCCGAGCUCGGACGCCUGCAGGACGACAUGGAGGACGACGCUGGCGUGGUCCAUUCUGCAACGUACAUGGCGCAGCUUUAUUACAAGAUCAGCCGGAUCGACUGGGACUACGAGUGUGAGCACCCGCACAUCAAAGGCAUCCAUCACGGCCCAGCCAUCGCUCAGCCCAUCAGCCUGGACAGCAGCCAGCUCUCCCGGUGCUUCGUCAGCGACUACCUGUGGAGCCUGGUGGACACGGCCUGGUGAUGCGGCCCCAAGCCAGCCCUGCCGACUGGCUGUGCACGGGCGGGCGACUGAGGCCGGCUCGGGCCUCGACCGCGGGAGGGAGGACGGACGGACCCCGGGCUAAUCACAAAGGGAUUUUUUAUUCAUGUAACAAUCAGCGUCUGAAAUCAUUAAAACCCAUCGCCCAGCUCGGGCUGGAGCGGGACUGGUAAGAGA